CAGCAAAAAUAUUUUUUUUGCCUUACUAUUUGACAGUUUGUUUCAUUGCUUCAAGCAAAACUACUUUUUUUAAAGUAAUUUGAGUGUGCAUUACAAUUUUUAUUACAUCUUUUUAAACUAUAUUUGAAUAGUAAACUAAUUUGAAUAUAACUUCCUUUCAAAAUGUCUGAAGAGCGCAAAAGAUCACUAGAAAAUGACAUGGAAGAAGAAGAGGAAGAAUUAGACGAGUUUGGAAGAGUCAUACGUCGUAGAGCAAAAUUCAAAAAAGAAAAGCCUGAUGAGGCAACCAUCGACUCAAAUACACGACCUGAGAUAAGUGAAAUAGAUGGACGUGAAGACAGACAUACUUAUCGCAGCCGUCGUCACAGCAGACACAAAUCACGUUCACUAUCACGCUCGCGAUCCCGUUCUCGAUCCCGAUCUCCAAGGCGAUCACGCCAUCGCUAUCCCUCCGAUUCUGACGAUGACUAUGACUAUCGUCAUCACAGUAGCCAUCGGUACAGACGUCGUCGUAGUAGCGGUGCUGGUCAUAGAUACUACCACCGUCCUUAUUAUCACAACAGCAGCAGCAGAGGAGCAGACGUCUAUUCUGAGGCAGCGCAAUAUCUCGAUACAGAAUUUUAUGCUACAAAAAUAUACGUAGGAGAACUGAAAGACGUGACAGAGAGUGACCUUAAAAGUAUCUUUGCACGGUUUGGACCAUUAGAAAGCGUAAGACUUGUCGAAGGAAAAGACUAUGGAUUCAUCACUUAUGAGCGCAAGGAAUCAGCAUUAGCAGCUAUCCAAAAUAUGAAUGGCGCAUUGGUGGGUUCCGGGCAUAUAAAAGUGAACCGUGCCAAAAUACCCGAACGAAAUAAAGUUGGGUUUGGUAACGUGCCUUGGCAGGAUGAAGAUGGUCUCUUAGCGCAAGAAGCAGGCUAUGAUAAUCACACGCUAAGACCUACAACUUCAGCCAGCUUAGCUCCAUCCGUUCCUCCUGUAGAUGCCACUAUACCUCAGCGAAGCCUAACUACUUAUGACGAUCUCUAAUCUUUUUGUUGUGUUUCCUUAUCUGUUACUAUUACAUAUUUUUAAAAAAGGAAAAAAAAAAAAAAAGAGUU